ACAAUAGGCGGUGGUGAAACAUUAAAAAAUGCUUAUAAAAAGGCUAUAAAAAAAGUUUUAGCAAGAAAAUAUAAGAAAGCAAAAAAACAGAGAAAACCCUGUGGCAGUUUAACUCGGGAAAAUAAAGCUUGGGAUAAUCACUGCUGCCCCUGCUAUUAUCAAGAGAAGAGAGAAAGCAGUCAAGCCUACACCAACUACCAGCAAGUUUAUAAGCAGGUAGCACGAAAGCAACAAGCUAAAAUUCAACAGCUAAAACUUUUGCGAGAAUAUGCCGGUUGCGUUGAAUGUGGCAGCCAAGAA